GUAAUGACAAGCGUCCUUACUUGCCUCUGAUGCUAUUUGGCACGACUCUCUUCGGUUCCAUCCACAUGCUCAUGGUGGAGUUUCCGGUCAUCGGCCGGGACUUGCCCUCGGCCUAUGCGAUCCGCGGCUACUUCCUCUGCGUCUACGCUGUGACGCUGGGCUGUCAAGUUUACUGCGUCCUCUGCGACCCUGGCAAGCUCCAGCCCAAGGAGCUCGAGGCUUUUGCCCAGGCAAAUCCCACAACUGAUGGGUCCAAAGCUUUGCCUCGGCGUUGCCACAAGAUGUGGCUCUUCAAACAGCCCAUCCGGAGGUACGACCACUACUGUCGGUGGCUCACGAAUGCCAUUGGCCUCCUAAACCACCGGGAGUUUGUGCUCAUGCUGAUUGGUCUGCUGAUCAUUGGGGUGGCCGGCUGCCUGGUAGACUUUGUCCUGCUCAUCUGGACGUCCAGCGAAGGCCAUCACUUCACAGGCUUCCUGCUGAUCAUGCACCUCACGUACUCGGUGAUCCUCACGCUCCUGGCUGGCCCAAUCCUGCGGCUGCACUUGACUUUCGUGUCCAGGAAUGAGCUUGCCAAUGAGUACAAGCACAACCUGUUCUACAUCAUGAGAGAUGCGACUGGAAAACCGAUCCCCGUGAACGAUUUAGAGGACGAAGAGUUCAACCAAGGCCUGGACAACGACAAGUUUGAGUACGAGCCCUCCCUGAACGCCUUCGACCGCGGUUGGGUGACCAACUGCAUCAACUUCUGGUGCAUGGCGCGGUGGCCUUCCAGCCAGCUGGGUGAGUUCUGA